AUGCUACGGUAUGAUUAUGUGGGUGGUGGAGGGCCUGUCGGAGGCAUAGUGUUGGGUCGUUGGUGUGGCUCAGAGAUGGUUCCAGGGCCCCAGGUAUCCAAGGGGAACCAGAUCCUGAUCCGCUUCGUCUCUGAUGAGUAUUUUCCCUCGGACCCAGGAUUCUGCAUCCAUUACUCUUUGCUUCAACAGAGACAGUCAGAGCCUGAGGCCCCUGCAGUGAUGCCUGCGUGGAUGCAGGGUGUGGAUGCUCUGAGUGAAGCUGUAGCUGGAUUCAGCACGAUGGAGGAAGUGAUGAAAUACCUGGAGCCGGAUCGCUGGCAGGUGGACAUGGAGGACCUCUACAAGCCUACCUGGCAGGUGGUGGGAAAAUCAUUCUUCCACCAAAAGAAAUCCAGAGGAGUGGUGGACCUGAACCUGCUUCGUGAGGAGGUACGGCUUUACAGUUGCACUCCACGGAACUUUUCCGUCUCAUUGCGUGAGGAGCUGAAAAGGACGGACGCCAUCUUCUGGCCCAGCUGCCUGCUGGUGAAGCGCUGUGGAGGGAACUGUGCAUGCUGCUCUCACAACUGCUAUGAUUGCCAGUGCUCGCCCACCAAAGUGGCCAAAAAAUACCAUGAGGUUCUGAUGCUGAAACACAGGGCAGGGGGUCGGGGGCUGCAAAAGACUCUAACGGAUGUCCCCCUGGAGCACCACGAGGAGUGUAGCUGUGUGUGUAAAAAAUGA